AUGCACCAACGUUCCAUUAGCUGGUCCCCACAAUUCCUUUCCACAGCAGGGAAAGCAACUAUGCUGCAGUCUGUACUUUCACUGAUCCCUAACUUCGCCAUGACUUGCUUCCUACUGCCCGUGAGUCUCUGCAAGCGUAUCCAGUCUGUCCUCACCAGGUUCUGGUGGGAUCAAAAACCAGGAGAAACCAAGAUCUGCUGGGUCUCCUGGGAGAAGCUCACGCAACCGAAAAGCCUUGGGGGUCUUGGCUUCCGUGAUAUUCAAGCUUUCAACCAAGCUCUCCUUGCUAAGUUAGCAUGGAGAUUGAUAACAGCUCCAGACUGUCUCUUCUCGCGGAUCAUCCUGGGUAAAUACUGCCACAAGACGUCCUUUCUGAAGGUAGAAACCAAUACAAGCAUCUCUCACGGAUGGAGGGGUAUCCUCAAAGGCCGAGACCUUCUCCUCCAACAUCUUGGUAAAGUUAUUGGCAAUGGAGAGACUACGAAUGUCUGGAACGACUCUUGGAUCCAACCGAAGAAAAAUCUGAAACCCUUUGGCCCAGUCUUCGAAUAA